GAAAAAGAAAAAGUCAAGCGCAACCAUCGGAAUCGGAUGUUCUUUGCGCUCGUCGUCGCGAAAAGAGAAGAAAAAAACAAAAUUUCAUUCUAAUCGGUGUUGCUUUUCUUUAGUAGAAAAAUUCCAUCGAUUCGCGUAAUCGCGUACGGGUUCGGUGUCGUUAGUGUCGCGCGGAUUUGUCGGUCGGUGCGUUCCGUUGUAGUGCCGCAACUUCCGGAUUCGUCGUCUCCGAAGCAGCUGGACCGACGAGAAAAAACAGCAGGCGCUGCUGGAACUUCUUUUUGCCUGGCUGCUUCUUCAGCGUUCGGGGUUCGCGUUCUUAUUUUUUUUUCGUUGGUCGUUCCGUUUUCGUUUGCAGACGGCCUACUGUUUGUGUGCGCAAGAAAAAGACGACUGAUUUAAGACCGUUCAAGAACAGUCAAAGGGAUUUUUUUUCGGGAACUUGGGACGACGACGUUGUCCGCUGGUAGCAAGCUGCCGGAAGAUAUUGACCCUAGCUAGCUGGAUCGGCACCCGGUUCUUCCGCGGAUCGUUUCGGUGCAGACAUUUACGGUGCUUCCGGCCAAGCCAUGAACAGUGCACCGGCCUCGUCCGGUCGAGGCCGCGGUGGCAAACGGCAACAGCAAUCGUUGUACAGUCCCGGGAGUGGUCCACUUCGAAAAUCGGAAAACUCCGGCAGUAAUCGGUCGCUUAACUCUAUCGGCGAGGGAGGGCCUUCCAGGGAUCGGGACCGUGAUCGUGACCGGGACCGAGACCGGGAUCGAGACUGGAACGACGGCUGGCGAUCGGUCAACAAAAAAGGCCAUGGAGGGGGCAGUAACAAAAAGCACGACUAUUACGAUCAGCGCCAGCGGGGUAACGAUGCCCCUCCAGGAGGACCCGGUGGUUUCAGACAAGCCUCGGAACCGCGAGUUCUUUCCAGCAAUCCUCCAAACGUAAACUACCGUCAGCAGGACCGUCUCCGCAACGAGCGGGACACCCGAAGCGUUGAUCCCAGCUUCGGUGGAGGUCGCGGUAACUCCAAGAAAAUUCCAUUGCCUUGUAACUUUGAAAGUCUGCCUCCUCGAUUGCAACGUAAAUUCCUCCAAGAUCAUAACCUUCCACCAGACUAUCUGGAAAAGCUACGUAGCGAAGAGGCCCAGAAUGCCCACCAACCGCCACCCCAGAACUGGUCUCACACGCUUCCGAUAUCGCCCCGCUCACGGCAGGGAAUGCGCGGAGGAGGAGGCGGUGGGCGAAACCGAUACUCAGGAAACUAUCAGCAACAACAAAACUACCAACAGCCACAAUCGAUGGACUAUCGGGCCCGUACUCCGGUGGACUACCAAAGGCCCCGUAGUCGCUCGUCGGACGUUGGCGGCGAUCCGGACGGUCAUCUGCCGCCACCAUCCUCGGAUUACGAUAGGCCUCCGAAACCUAGCAGCCGCAAUUCGAGUGUCGAUCCAAACGAGCGCUGGAACAACUAUGGCACCCAUCCUCCUACAAGGGGAGAUCGUUACGACGACCGGAACUCGUCGUCGGAUGGGUUCCGGAAAGGACCAGUUGAUGGUGGCCGCAACCGGCAGCAUUCCGAUGGAGGUCGGUUGGAGGAAGACGACACCAUCCGGAAGCCGUUGGGCAAAUUUGACUGGGCCGAAGAGGUGGAAAGAGAUCCGCUGAUCAAUAAUAAUGCUCCAGGAGGAACUAGUGUCAAUAAUAACAAUAACAGUAGCGGAAAUGUUAGCAUCAUUAGUAGCAAUAAUAGCAGAAAUAAUAGACGUAGACAUCGAAGGAAUGGAAAUCGCAAAAAAGCAAAAGCCAUUAUCAAUUCUCGUUCGAGCCAGAACGACUAUUUCGAUGGUGGCAACGAGGGGGGCGGCGGCGGCAACUUCAAGGCUCCUUUCCCUCCCAAAGCGGGCAGUCGAGGCGGGGGAAGUCGAAGUCGUCGCAACUCACAAUCCUCAAACAUUAGCCGUGAAAAUAGUAUGGACCGAGUGGCCUAUGAUGGAGGUGGCGGAGGCGACAGAGAUUGGCGUGGUCGAGGAGGCGGUGGUCGUGGCAAUUUUAUCGGUAACCAUCGGGAAAACAGCCAGGAUCGGUACUACCGGAAGGUUCGACAGGACUCGCGGUACAGUAGCAGUCGAGACAACAGUACCGAUAGAGUUAGCGGAAGUUGGCAGAGGAAUGAACCCCUGGUAAUCGGAAACAACUGGAGGGGAGGCGUCAAUUCGGAUCCAAACGAAAAGACUGAUAUCAAGAUAGCGGAAAUGACAAAACAAUUCGAAGAACAGAUUGGUAUUCAGAAAGGACCGGGUGUAUUGGUGCUUCCACCAAAGAUUCCUUCGACCAUUACCGGAGCAAGGGAUGAAUUCCAACGUCAUCCGGAACCGGUUGCUUCCCCUAAUACUAGAACGUUGUAUGAUCCUAACAACCCCGACAAACCGAUUGUAGUUAAUGCCUCAAAUACGCGUAAUUAUAAUCCUCCGCAGAGUAUGGAAGAGGCAGAAAAUGAACGAAAGAGAAUCUCUGGCGUGAAUCAACUGGGUAAUUCUCGGCCAGCAUGGUACGAUACUGGAUCGUCGGAUGCCGGUAGACUUAAAAACAAAGAACUGGUUCACCAACUGAAAGCAACCGAUAAACGGCUGCAGGAACUGCUUCUCAGUGGAAAUCUUUUCCGCGAAUGGGACGUAUACGUUCAGAUACGAAGUGAUUUACAAAAAUUGUUGGAAUCGUUUCUCGUUUACGAAAUUCGCUUCGCUCAAGAUGUCAACUUGGAACAUCAUUUCUGGAAGCUGCUUUACUAUAACAUUAUUGAGCAAAUGCGCAAACUGCUGGCCGAAGAUCAGGACGAGAUGAAUCGCGCAUACUAUAAGGAGAAAGCUAACGAAAUUCUCGACAAUGGUACCGAAUUUUACGAACAGUUGCUGACGCUCCUCGAGAAAAAGUUCGAGUUUUGUUUGGACAAUUUCAUCGGUGUCAACGCUGCCGCCAACACCAAAGGGCUCAAGUGCGGAAUGGCUCUGGUGGCUGCCCAAAAAGUGUUCCUGUUCCUCGGCGAUCUGGCUCGUUACCGGGAGCAGGUUAACGAAGUCAAUAACUACCGGCGCGCCAAACAGUGGUACGUCAAGGCCCAGCAGAUCAUACCGAAAAACGGACGUCCCUACAAUCAGCUGGCGCUUAUUUCGGUCUAUUCGAAACGUAAAAUCGACGCAGUGUAUUUCUAUAUGCGCAGCCUGAUGUCGUCCAAUCCGUUUGAGUCUGCUCGGGAGAGUUUGAUGGAUUUGUUCAACGAAACCAAGAAAAAGUACGAGAGCAGCCAACGGAAGCGAGAAGAAAAGAACCGUGCCCGGUUGAAGGAAAAGGAACACCGCUUCGAUGGGAAUCUACGUCGAGAAACGUGGAUCCAUCCGGAAGGUGGUUCCCGUGUUCACCGGACCGUCCCGCUCGAUCCCUUGGCUGGUCGAACGGCAACCGGAGGUGAUACCAGUGAGGAAGAGGAAGCGGAACUGCGUCAGUUAGAUUCGAUCGAUUUGAACAAACGGUUCAUAGUGAGUUUCCUGCAUGUGCUCGGAAAGUUGAUCACCAAAACGGGCAUGGAAUCGUUUACUCAGUGUGCAAUUCAAAUGCUGCGAGAAUUCCGGGCCCUAAUUCAACACUCGCCGAUUGCCGUCACCUCCUACCGGUUGGUGCAGCUGGUGUCGCUGAACAUGUUUGCCAUCGAGGUCACCAAGUUGAAAGACACUUCGCUGGCUCCCGGGGCCCGUUCCGAGGUGCAGGAGUGUGCCCUCUCGGUUGGGCUGCUGAUGUUCGGGAUCAUCCUGGAACGGUUCAUAAGCGUGGUACAGGCGGCAUCGGAAUGCAGCAAGCGAGCCUCUUCUUCUGCGGCCAGCAGUGGGAACCCCAACAGUAGCACCAAUGACACCAACGAAUCACUGCUGCAGGCUAUCGCCAACAAGCAGAACGCUAUCGCUGAGAACCUCAAGGAGCUGGCUGCUGGAUUGGCACCCGAUCCUCAGAAUUCCAACAUCCCGCCGACAGCUGCAGCGGACACGAAAUCAUCACCUCAGCAGCAGAAACCGCCCAAGGGCUCCGGCAAAGCUGGAAAGGAUUGCAGGAUAUCAAACAGCAACGAUCUGGUUGAGGGAAGUGGCGGCGACAUGAGUCAUCAUCCGGUGGCCAGCGACGGUUCUUCGAUGCGCCAAAAGCUUGUCUUGCCCGAGGACGCCAAAGCAAUUCUGCCCGCGAUUAAGGUGUGGUGCGAUUGGAUGCUUUAUCAUGCGAGCACGUGGAACCCACCGCCUUACUGCACCGACUACAAAAUAGGCGCUUCCACCGGGCACGACCCGUGGGCCGGACUGUCCAACCUGAUGACGCUGCUCUCCCGGCUUGAUACCAACAAAGAAAUUCUGUCCCUGGAAGCACUGGAAGACUACGAGGUCGUUCGGCUCCAGGAGGACAUCUACCUGGCAGGAUUUUCGCCGCUAAUGUACAACGUGCCGGAACCGAUCUUCACCCAUCGAAGCGGGGAUCUGGAAGAAGCACAGAAUGCACUUCGGGUGCAGAAGCUUAUCUUCUUUGGGACCGGCUAUCUGUGCAAGUGUGAUCCUCCGGUACUGAGGCGAGUGGUGCAGGAACCGAGUGGAGCCGAGCAAUUCGUCAGUAUCGUACAAAACCGGAUAGAAGAGCCAAGCGAUUCGGAGAUCCUUUUGGAAAGUUUCAGCGAAGAUGAAAGCGAAAGCACACAACAGCAGCAGAGCAGCAAAGAUCAAGAGAAAACGAAAGGAGGCAAUACUGAUCAGAAACAGUCGUCCCAGAAGAAGAAACAGGGAGGAGGCGGAGGCAAAGAUCAGAAUCGACAGGACGAGGAGAGUAAGAAAAAUAACAACACCUCCUCAUCGAAGAGCAAACGACGCAGCGGAAAUGCCAAUAGCAGAAACAAUAAUAACAACAACAACAAUAGUGAAAAUAACAACAACAAAAACAGCACUAGUGAUAGUAACAGCAAUGUGAAUAACAACACUAUUGUCAGCAGUAGUAGUAGCAAUGAUGUUGCCAGUGAAAAUGUCGAUGGUGCUACCACCAUUGAUGCAACUCCGGUGACACCGGAAGCGGCCAAAAGCAAUCAGGAGAUCCGGAAGCUGCUGCGCCGAAAGGACGAGCUGGAGCGGAAGCAGAAAAUGCAGGAACGCUACACCCAGCGAUUACAGGACAUCUUGUCGCAGAGUACAAUCGCCCUGAACAUCGAGAUCCGUCCUCGGUUUUUGGUUCCCGAUACCAACUGCUUCGUAGAUUAUCUGUCCGACAUCCGGAGCAUAGCCAAGGCACAUCCGCUGUAUCAACUCAUGGUUCCAAUUGUUGUGAUCAACGAGCUGGAAGGCCUUUCCAAGGGAAUCAAGCCGACCGGUGCAACCGGAAUCAUCGCCUCCAAGUUGACGGCCAGCAUAUCGGCGAUCCCGACGGCUCCGGCGGCCUCCUCCGGUCAACCGACAAAGUCGGCCGCCGUCGUCGCCGUUGACCGCCGAUUUGAUCCCCAACACGCCGAGAAGGUUGCCGAAGCCUCCAAACAGGCGCUGGCUUUUAUCAGGCAGAAAAAUCCCGCCUUGAAAUGUGUAACGACGAAAGGAUCGAUACUGAACACGACCACGUUCACCGCCGAGGAUGACGUUGGGGAGCAAAAGUCCAACGACGAUCGUAUUCUGGAAACUGCCUUAAACCUGUGUCGCAAUCAUGUGGAGGAAAAACGAGGAGAAGUCCGUUACAUAAUGCGCGAGGUCGUCCUGCUGACGACCGAUCGGAAUCUUCGGGUGAAAGCCCUGUCCAACGAUCUGCCGGUCCGGGAGCUGCCGGAUUUUAUCAAGUGGGCCGGCCUGGGAUCGUGAAGCCAAUUGAAGAUGACGACGACCAGGACGGAGAGAAAGGUGCACGACUUUUUCCUCCUCGAUCAGCAGCUCCUUCGGUGUGUUGUUUCAAGCCGUUUGGAUUCAGCAAAAAUAACAACCAGAAAAAAGGAGAAGGAAAAAGAAGAAGGUUAUCUUGUUUCAUUUGUGUUCUUUUUUGCUUAUGAUUUUCUCGUUAGACUCGUAUCUGUUCUUAAGGACGACUUUCUAGAAAAGUUAUCACUUCUUUUGCUUUAAUUUCUUCAACACUUUGAGUGACUCGUUUUUCGUUUUUUUCUCAUCUCUUUCUGAUUUUUUUUUCGUUUCCCGACUGAUUUGUUUGCCAAAAUAGCCGUUAGUCUAUUCUGUUAUCUAGAGAAUGUUUCCUUAAUUGUUUCAUUUGUAUUUUUUUUGCUCUGAAAAUCUUUAAUCAAGGGAACUAUUUGUUGAACUCUGAUAGGAAAGUAUAGCUUAUAAGAGGAAAAGUAUAACUUAUAAGAAGAUACGAAAGAAAGAAGAAGAAGAACUGCUUCGAAUGCAAAGCAAAGCUAGCAGCGUUUUUAAAGGUUAAGAGAGAAAAGUUUAGAAUUUGACACUAGAGCAAAACUGUUGCGCUCGUUGAUUUAUGUGCUAGUAAGUUUACGGAAAACUUAGGAACUGAUUACGUUUUUUUUUCCUUUCGGUUUUUGACUGUUGUAGUUGUAAAUAUUGCAGUACUAUACUAUGAUUAUAUUAAAUUAAUUAAUGAAAAAUAUAAUUGAAAGAAGAAAAAACCACAACAAAAAAGUGAAAUAAACUUGUAUGAUAUCUAGGCGAUAGAUGUGUUUAUAUUCUUCGUUAUUUGUCCAGUCAAUGGAUGCGUAUUGAGUUGAUUCUUAAAAGAAAAAGGAAAAUAAAUGACCAGAGAUGAAAAAUUAAAAAGUAAGGAAAUCCGGAGCGAAUACAGCUGCAGACUGUUGAAGUGUUGCGUUUCAGUUUUAUUUAAAUAAAUAGGCGCGCGUUAGAUAUGUUCGAGUGCUGUAGAAAAAACGAGAAGAGAUCAGAUCGUAAACUGUUGCGCAGGUUUUUAGAAUAUUCUGAUAAAGAUUUUGAGGUGUGACGAGACUCCACUCCCGAAAAAUGAGAAGAAUCACUAAAUGACUUUAGACAAAGUAAACAGAAGUAAAAUGAUUGAUUAUUAUGAAAAAUAUAUUAAUAAUAAACCAGAAAAAGAGAAACAAACUGACUUCACAAGACGAUUUACACAUGAAAUAAAUGAAAAGCAGGAAAGAAUUGCACCUUAGAGUAGCAAAAAGUACCGACAAGAAAAGUCACGGAAGGACGGAAAAUACUUUUGCUCGGUUAGUAAAUAAAUAAUACAGCGAUAAAAUAAUAAAGAAAUAUUUUUCACGAA